GAUAUAAUAACCCAGGGCAAUUGUCAAAAGGAUAUAUUAAAGAAUGCAGCUGUAACUGAAGAUGACUAUUUUGUUGCACCCCCGGGGAACAUCCCACUACAUGAAGUGCAACCACAAAUAGAAACUACACAAAAGGUGAAGAAAAAUGAAAACUGAAAUCCAAAAGCUUACUUCAUUAGCAAAAUUUUUAAAUCUUAAACAUUCAGUCAUAACAAAAACAGUAAUAAGUUUAGAGCAACCAAGUAAGAUUUUACUUCAAAAUAUUUACACUAGUUGGUUGAAAUCAAUAUACAGUAAAACUGUACAACAUUUCCCAGUAUACUUAGAUAAAGAUGAAGCAUUAAAAUCUCAAAAAUUUUGUUAUGGUUUCAUCAAACCACAAUCAAUAGAUAUCGAUGAAAUAUUAAUAGAACAUAGAAAUAAUGAGUAUGAGCCAAAAAAUAGAGUAGAUCUGAAGCUGCACUUAGUUGUACCACAGCAAGAUGUGAUGCAGUAUUUUAUACAGUGGCAAAGAUACAGGAAAUAUUGGUGGAGCUCGAUUACAACCACACCAAGUCUGUUCAGUAUAAAUGAUAUGAAGCAAGGAGCAGAGAGUGCUGAUGUAAACAUUAUAGCCAACUUUAAUUGGGGGCCGCAAACUGUAGAAACAAUCAGUAUUAACAGUAAUGGUUUGAACAAUAAUAAUAAUAAUAAAACUAAGACAUCUAGUCUGACUUGUGACAUGGGAUUAGAGACAGCUUUACUUACGCUUUUACUGGAUGGUAUUUCAAAUGCAACAAAGGAAGAAUAUUUGAGACUGCACAACAGAAUGGCUCCUUACAAAAUUUCCUUUGCAUUGGAUAGUGAAGGUAUGGCUAUAGAUGAAAAAAUAUUAAGUACUCUUAAACAGUUAGCUCGACUGAUAUUUCACAAACUGAGCUCAAAGGAGAUUUCCAGUUGGUUUCCAACUUUUACGCUGCCGUUACAACUUCAGAUCAAAGAAAAUCUACACAUGGGAGUAACAUACACAGCAAUAUUAAACGAAAAUACGCUUUCCAAUGGGAUUUUUCAUUUGUUAAACAGCAAUACUAUGUUGAAGGAGCAAGUACAUGUUGCAGAUUUCGACACCUAUGCCGCUUUAUUAUGUGGAAAAUAUUGAGGCAUACCUACUUAAUUUUUCUUUUGAUUUCUAUUAUAAAACGAUAAAAUCGAAGAAAUGAAAGCGAAGCGAAUCUUUUCUUUUAAUAAAUUGAUUAUAUCUUUCAAGGUGUUAUGCAGUUGUUACAGUGGUGUUAUAACUUACAUUACAAUAAUGUUGGGUUUUGACUAUGGAUUUAAUGUAUUUCAUUGAGUUAGAAUGUGUUUCAUUGAGUUAGGACAAAGUCAUAGACAUUUUUAAUGUGUUUUUUACAAGAAACAACUUAUCAAUAAAAAACAAAUUCAAUUUUACUUCCAAAUUUAAUUCUUAUUGCAUGACAUUUUGACAUUAGAAUCUUAUCAUAGGCUAUAUUUAAAACACUCUAACGUUUGAUCUUAAUUAUCAUUUAACUAAAGCAAUAUUUCAAAUAAGAUCUCCGCAUGCGUUUUCGCAAAAAAUACUUGGUACUAAAAUAUAACAUGGAAUCAGAUUUUCAACUAAUGUAAGUAGGUAUUUACCUACUAUUAAAGUAGUAAAAAUUUUAUUUGUUUUUGGAUACUUAUUACAUUAAUCAUGAAAAAAAAUAGUAAUUGUUUGCUAUUACCAAGUAUCUAACCUGUAAUUUAUGAAGAGAUUUUAUUUAAAAAAAAAUCACACAAACGAUUAUCGAUUUACAGAACAAAGGAAUAUCCUUGCUUGCUUGCCAACACGUUCAAGAGAUUGAGAAUGAGACAGCAUUAGCAUAGCAGUUUCAUCAAAUGGUCCAUACAGAAUGUACAGUGUGGCUAGCUAGGCAUUUGUGCUGAUUUCAGCAAAUCAUAAGUCAUGUCUGUCGAGAUACUAGCUUAAUAUUUAUUUAUUUAUCUUUUGCCCGGUUCCUAUAAAAUAGGUCAUUGGUAAAUAAGGUAAUUAAGUAAUACAAAAAACUUCAUUAUUUAAUUAAGAAAUAAUAUAUUAUUAACAUAUACUUAAAUUAUUUUUAUCUGUGUCACACAUUCGAUGCAUCGCACAAAACGCACGCCGCAAAGUUAAAUAGGUAUAUUAUGGCAUGCCCACAAAACGUCGUGGCCAUGUCAAAUAUGCAGUACAAGUCAUUUAGGGCCCUAGCACACAUAAUAUCUUUAGCAUCGGCGGUCAGCGAUUUUCUGUCUGUAACGCGUUUUUCGGUCGCUGUAUUCAAAUCGCGCGUUUUAGUGUUCGGACGCGGCAUCGAGUUAACUAAAAUGGACUUAAGAUUUUUCAAAUUCAAAUUAUUUUUAUUCAAUUAGACUUUUACAAGACUUAAUCGCUGCGAUUAUUAUUAUUACUACUUAUUAUAUAUUACAUGCGCGGAGUGGAGCGUUCAAAUGCGGCAUCGAGCUUCCGCAAAGCAACUAACCAUCGUUGAUGCUAAAAGCAUCGUGUCUGCUAUGGCCCUUAAGUAAUACUAAAAUGAUUUCAGUCCCUGCAUUACGAAACUUGCGACUAUUGCAAUGUGACUAUCGCGAUUACUAUCAUUGGACGAAUGGUACCUUUGAUAAAGGUGAUCGCAUACCUUUGGAAAAGCAUCGCAAUGCAUUUUUCAUUACUGAAACUACGUGUCAGCAAUCAACAUCAAAAUAGUGUCAAUGACGUCACCAAAGGUUACUGACCUUGACUGACCCACGGAAAGGUUACCCACAACCAGCGAGCUUAAUGCUGUUGACGUAUUAUAGUAUUGCAUAUUAUGCAUUCUCAUAUUAUGCCAUAUGUUAUGUCAUAUUAUGCAUUCUCAUUUAAGCCAUCCACAGACAGAAAAAAUUCUAACGCGCCCCUGAAAGUACUUUUGCUCAUACAUUUUAUACUAGACAUUUGGGUGUCCUCUUCUGAGGCUCACACAGAGUGAGUGCGACAGAAAGUUUUUGAUAUGUGGUUAUUGGCUAGCCUUAUAUUGUCCUCACUGUCAACUCAUGUAGUGAGUACGUUAUUUGACCAAUCUAAUUGAUCGCAAACCCAGAAAUCUUGACAAUUGACUAAAGCAUUUACGCCUGGAACUGUACAUCUUUCAGAUUGCCAAUAAUAAUGUAUAGUACGCGACAGGUUGAGAUGGCAAUCGGAGUAUGAGGCGGGGAGAUGCCCCGCACAGCCGCACGUCACCCGCAGCGGGUUAGCGCGGGGGUUCCCCACUCCAGUUGCCAUCUCUACCUGUCGCGUUUAUAGGUACCUACGUAACAUUAUUGAUAAUAAUCUGAAAGAUUGCAACUAUCGCAAAUAUGGCAAGUUUCGUAAUUAGGAAUCCAGUAUAAAACUCGGUAAGACAUGCACGCUAUUAACUAUUAAUUAAUAGUAAUUAGUUGAAUUUUUGGUUUCCAAAAUUAUUGAACAAUAUACGUAAGAACCAAUUUUGUAAACAUAGGAGUAUAUGGCCAAUGGGCAUACUUGUUAGACAAGACAGAGGAAAAGACAUAGUUUGAAUUUAUUCAAGUCAUUUUAUUUUAGCUAGUUCAAUAUUAAAAUAAAGAACUUCAACAUAUUUCUGAAACCUUUAUGCAUAAAAAUUGCAUAAUUUUUCUUAUAAAAAUCAUUCACACAAAUCAAUAUUUCAAACUCCAAAAUGCUUUACAACUUUUCUUUGCUUUCCCUCGCUAAUUCUUCUAAAUUAUCAAUGCGAAAGUUCGUCUCACUUGAUUUCAUAAAUUUUUCAGCAAUUAAACACUCAACUUAACCCACUCAACUCAAUUUAGAGCUGUCUAUAUUAAUUAAUGACAAGUAAAUCAAAAAUCCAUUGACAAAUUAGCGCGCAUCGUCUAGUGGGCAUUAUAAUAGGGAUUAAAGUAUGAAAUUGUCGUUUUAUUGUAAUAGGUACUUCGAAUUGACAUAGAACCUUCAUGGUUUGAGAUUUUUGAGUGAAACUUUUUUCAUACGGUACCUAUGUAGUUCUUCUUUUAAAAAAUGUGCAACAUUUGAUUAUCAACUUUUACCUUUUUGUGUUAAUUUAAUAUUAAAUUACUAUCUAUCAGGCCCUUUCAUUUAGUUAAUCUUUAUUGAUUCUG